AAGCCAUCAAAAAGAUAACCUUGUUAGUAGACAAAAGUCACAUUACAUGCGUAGCAAUGAUCUAUAUGUGGAAAAUACAGCUACUGCAUGAUUAAAGGCGACGGCCACUUGAUAAAUGUCUUCCGAAUGCUCGAAAUCGGUGCAUGUGGUUGCAUUUACUAUUACGACCGAGUCCAUAUAGGUAUGUACUACUUACACAGAGCCUACUAUACCUAUCCAGCUGCAACACUCUGUUUCGAAACUAGUAGCAAGCCAAGAGUAAUACGACAAAUUCUUUUCUUUAACUCUUUUUUUAUGCUUUUUCUUAACCAGGUUACGACAUAUACUAUUAAACACCUGCUUCCCUUGCAUAGGUUAGUAGCUGGUGCUUCGUGAUCGUCCGCUGUCAGUUAGUCAGCGCCCAAACGCCACUUAACGCGUCCCAAAACCCAGCGCCAGCAUCUCAACCCCACCAAAGCUCCAAAAAAAGCCCAACCUCAGACACGCGAGGCUCUCUGUAACCGC